AUUAAUUGUAUCACCAGAAAUGGUCACACUACUGGACAAAUAAAAAAACAAAAAAAAAAGCUAAACAUUUUGCAAUCCGCAGAAAAACGCUGUAAAUAAAUAGUUUGUCCAGGCUGAUGAAUGGCUUGAGCAGCGGAUACGAAAACUGAGAUGGGCUACGACGUCAACCGCUUUCAGGGGGAGGUGGACGAGGAGCUCACCUGCCCCAUCUGCUCCGGUGUGCUGGAGGAUCCGCUUCAGGCGGUGAUGUGCGAACACGCCUUCUGUCGCGGAUGCAUCAACGAGUGGCUGACUCGCCAGCCCACAUGUCCCGUGGAUCGCAACGCCCUGACAACCGCCAACCUGCGCGCCGUUCCCCGUAUAUUGCGCAACCUGCUGUCCAGACUGUCUAUUACCUGCGACAAUGCCCUGUAUGGCUGCUCGGCCGUUCUGAAGUUGGAUGCGUACAACUCGCAUUUGGAGGAGUGCAUCCACAAUCCCAAGCGUCCGUUUCCGUGCGAGAAAGGGUGCGGCUUUGACAUACCCAAGGACGAGCUAAAAGACCAUAACUGUGUUCGCGAGCUGCGCACUCUUAUCGUAAAGCAGACGGAGAAAAUGGGCGAACUGAAAUCUGAGCUAACCGACCAGCAGCUGACCAUCAACGAGCUAAAGCGAGAGCUGCAGCUGUUCAAGGACUUUAUGCGUGCCAUGCGAGUCUCCAAUCCGGCGAUGCGGGCAAUAGCCGACCAGAUGGAGCGCGAUGAAGUGAUCCGCUGGAGCAGCACGUUGCCCCGGGCCAGGGUGACAAGGUGGGGGGGAAUGAUCUCGACGCCCGACGAUGCUUUGCAGCUUAUGAUCAAGCGUGCUCUGUCAGAGUCGGGUUGUCCGCCACACAUCCUGGAUAGCCUAAUGGAGUUCUGUCACGAACGACGCUGGCCAAGGGGCCUCAGUUCUCUGGAGACGCGACAAACCAACCGUAGGAUCUACGACAACUAUGUGUGCCGACGCAUUCCAGGCAAGCAGGCUGUACUCGUACUGAGCUGCGACAACCUUCAUAUGACUGAGGACGUCAUGAUCGAUCCCGGCCUGGUCAUGAUCUUCGCCCAUGGCAUUGAGUAGCUUAACCACUUAUCCUAGGUUUGCUGCCAACUAUUCGAAUUCGAAAAGUGCUCAGUUUAUGUUGUUUCCUUAACUUAAGCGUAACCAUUAAAGAAAGGUAUCGGCGGUCUACGUCAUGGUAGCAUUAAUAGACGUAAGGAAAAUCUCGCAAAACGAAAAGCCACACAAAGGAACCAUUCAAGCGCCUCAUCACGACUCUCAAGUUGUACAAAAACAAAAAUUUUAAAUUUAUACCCAUUCAUUGUUUUUUUCCAUUUAGUUCAUACACUAAUAAUCUCUGUUCGAUUAAGCGAUCUCAACAAGACAUCCAUCCCUUUUUGUUAAUUUUGUUCACUUCGGAAGGAAGGAAGCUUAGUGUGAGUGUCUUAAUUCGUGUUUCGAUUCCUAUUGCACAUCAUACUUAAAGUUUUAAAACAAUUAUCUUAUACUUAUAUAGAUAUAAAUUAAAAGU